UCAUGACAUGCCAAUGUUGUUCCAGCUCACGCUGGCUGGCGGAGAAAAACAAGCUGCGAACGAGUGAAGAUCGUCACCAUGGCGACAGCUAUUUAUCUCGAACAUUAUCUCGAUAGCAUUGAAAACCUGCCCUGUGAGCUCCAGAGAAACUUCACACUCAUGAGGGAACUCGACAACAGAGCGGAGGAAAAGAAAUGUGAAAUCGAUAAGCUUGCAGAAGAAUACAUUAAAAACGUCCGGAAUCUGGCUCCGGAUCAGAGAGUGGAGCACCUGCAAAAGAUCCAGAACGGAUUCAGCAAAUGCAAAGAAUACAGCGACGACAAAGUGCAGCUCGCCAUGCAGACGUACGAAAUGUUUCUUUAUUUCCGCAGCCCUGAGUUCUCUGAAUCCAUCCUUCCAGUUCAUCCGUCAGACGUCUUAGACAUGCCUGUUGACCCUAAUGAGCCCACAUACUGUCUGUGCCACCAAGUGUCAUACGGAGAAAUGAUCGGAUGCGACAACCCAGAUUGUCCCGUUGAGUGGUUUCACUUCGCCUGCGUUGAUCUGACAACGAAACCCAAAGGGAAAUGGUUCUGUCCACGAUGCACCCAGGAUCGGAAGAAAAAAUGAGACGCACAUUUGUAUCGUUGAGAGAUUACAUUUCUAUAUGAAUAUAUAUACGUAUGCACAUAUAUGUAUUUUGUCUAGGUGGUGAAAUAGGAUAUAAUAUAUACUCCUUAAUAUGGCCAUGAUGAAAUAUACGAGGGUCGCGAGGAAACAAAGUUUUUAUUUUUCAAAGUACUUGAAAUGUUUCCAUUUAAGUUUCAUUCUGUGUUGUCAAAUUGUCAUUUUCAGACAAUCUAGGAUAUAUUAUAUAUGAUAUAUAUUUUCUCUUUACUUACUGAUUAGUAUGUAUUUUCAUUUUUUUAUGAAGCUUCAAGCAACUAUCAUGUCAUUGUGCUUUGCUCAUGAAAUGUUUCGCGAACUUUUAAGACGCUGAAUUCGGCAGCCGCUCUUGCACUUAAAGGAUAACGCGACUACUUUUUUCUGCAACUAUCGAUUUGCUUUGAAACUCAACUUGUUGUUUGAGCAAAGCUAAACUUUGAAGUGCAAGUGAUACGUUUUAUUGUUUCUAAUUAUAUAAUUUCAGACGAUAACCUAAAAUCGCAUGCGGAAUAUUUUGCAGAACUCGAGGCGAUUAGCUACUGUGGAAGCUUGUUUCCACCUCAGAAUUAAAAACUAAAAAAGGUAAUCUAACAAUUCGGAUUUU